AUGCUGUUUUUGUUAAUAAUAUGUGCGAGUGUACGCGCGUUCCCAUACACCAACGAACAGACUGCGAUUAUAGCGAAGAAAAUAACUGAGAUCGGUGCGCACCUUGUUAAUGCGAAUGAGGAGGUCAAGAACCACAAAGCCGAGAUUGAUGCUCUGAUGACCAAAAUUAGUAAGAGCUCGAUCGACUUUGCUGCUGCAAACGAUCAACUUUCGCAAUUGAACAUGAACAUUCUUUCUUUAGUCCGCACUGAUGCUCUUGAGACCAAAGCCCCAGUUGGUGAUUCCUUAGUCGACUUAGAUGAACUUUAUGAUGGCAAAAAGGCAAAGGUAGUGAAGAAAGUCUCAAAGAAAGUUGCAAAGAAACAACAGAAGAAAGCAAAGAAAGUGGCUCAAAAAGCUCAAGCGAAGAAGAUCGCCAAAAAAGAGAAUAAGAAGGCGACGAAAAAGGCUGAAAAGAAAGUCAUGAAGAAACAAGCCAAAAAGGCACAGAAGAAGUUAUUGAACCCGGCCAAGCUCAACACUUCAACGAAGAAAGAAAAGAAGGUCGUCAAAGUAGCAAAGAGCUCACCAAAACAACCAACCGGGAAAAUCACUUCCGCACAGAAGGCACAAGCAAAGGAAGCCGGGAUCGAAGCGUAUCGAAAAGUGAUGAGAAAGUAUAAGGCAAAGAUCUCAAAGGAAGCCCAUCAAGCCGCAAAGGAAGGGAAAGACGCAAAACAUUCAACUGCUGUGAUUAAAAUUGCAAAGAAAGCGAAAAAGAACUUGGAGAAGGCUAAGGAAGAAGCCAAGGAAGCAUAUAGAAACGCUUUCAGAAAGACUUUGAAGGGAAUGAGAAAGGGACACCCAUGCAAGCCAACUACUGUUAUAGUCACCCCUGUCGAACUUGUCUUCCCAUUCUCGACUAUCCCACAAAUUAGAAGAGCUCAAAUCUAUAUGAACAACAACUGGGUCAAGACUUGCAUGAAGGCUUGGUCACUCAACUAA